UCACCGUGCUUAAUUGUGGAUUCGUAAAAAUCCUAGAAUCUGUUGUAAUUGUUGGGUUUUGGGAAUGGGUCCACUCAUUGAUUAAGCCCACUGUGAGUCUAGUAUUUUGGCCUAAUUAAAUCCUAGAACCUGUGAUGCAAUGUAUUAUACUGGCUUGUGUUACUAUGAGAAAUUAAGAACACAAAAUUUCUUUUUUGUAAUGGAUUAACACAACAGAUUCAAAGAUGUAUUUUUUCAAAUGAGCACAAAUGUAAUUCAAGAACAUAAAAACUUGAUGACAACAAAAUACUUCGUCAUCCCUUGCCAUUACAAUACCGAAUCAACUAUCUCUUUCUGUCUAAAAAUAAGCAAAACAGAAAUCCAACUCAAACAAACCCAUGCUAGAUUACUCAAAACCUUAAUCCAUUCAAGCCAUCAGCUUCAUCAUCUUCUAACACAGCUACUAAAGUUACCUUCCAAAAAGUUGAGUUAUGCACGUAACUUGUUCGAUCAAAUACCUCAGAGUGAGAAAAACGAGUGUAUUUGGACUUCUUUAAUACGUGCACACACCCUUUGCGAUGAAUUUAAAUGUGCUGUUUUGCUUUACAGGAGGAUGCAUGAGAUGGGUGUUUUGGCAAGUGGGUUUACGUUUUCGUCUGUGCUUAAUGCUUGUGCGAGGAUACCGGCUGUUCGUGAAGGUAAAAUGAUUCAUGCAAGUGUUGUUGAGUCGGGGUUUAUGGGCAGUAAAGUGAUUGGAACUACGUUGGUGGAUAUGUAUGGGAAAUGUGGGUUGAUUGAAGAUGCAAGAAGAGUUUUUGAUGAGAUGGUUGAUAGAGAUGUUGUUGCUUGGACUGCUAUGGUGUCUGGGUACACGAAAAUGGAUUUGAUGAGGGAGGCACGUGCGUUGUUUGAUGUUAUGCAGGAGAGGAAUGUAGUGUCUUGGACUUCGAUGGUAGCUGGGUAUGCGAAUGUGGGUGAGAUUAAUGAGGCCAAAGCUUUGUAUGAUCAGAUGCCGAUAAGGAAUACAAUUACGUGGAUAGCUAUGAUUGCAGGGUAUGGAAAAGUUGGGAAUGUUUUGGGUGCGGAGAAAGUUUUUGAUGAAAUAAAUGUGAAGGAUGAGAGUUGUUGGGGAGCUAUGAUUGCGUGUUACUCGCACAAUGGGUAUUUGAAAGAAGCUAUUGAAAUGUAUAAGAGGAUGAGAGAGCUUAAUGUUAAGGCUAAUGAGGUGGCGAUGGUUGGAGUGAUUUCGGCUUGUACUCAACUUGGAGAUGCCGAGAUGGCACAUUCACUAACCGAGCAUGUGGAGGAAGGUAGUUGCGAUCGAACACUUAUCCUGUCAAAUGCUUUAAUCCACAUGUAUGCAAAAUGUGCAAGCAUCGACCAAGCAUUGCUAGAAUUCAGUAAAAUGCAUGAGCGGGAUGUUAUCACAUAUGGUGCUCUAAUCACAGCUCUUGCUGAUCAUGGAAGGCCUCAAGAAGCUCUGGAGCUUUUCUCAAAGAUGCAGAAAAAAGGAAUACAACCGAAUAAAGUUACUUUCUUAGGAGUCUUUAAUGCGUGUAGCUAUGCUGGACUAGUGGAACAAGGGUGCAAGUAUUUCAAGCUAAUGACAACAACUUGCAUGAUUGAACCAUCAACAGAACAUAUUUCUUGCAUGGUUGACCUUCUUGGCCGAGCCGGGAAACUCAAUGAAGCUUACAAGCUUAUAUUAGAGAAUACAGGUGCAUCAAGAGAUGCUGGAGCUUGGGGUGCUUUAUUAGGUGCUUGUGCUGUCCAUGGUAAUGUUGAGCUGGGUGAAAUAUCAGCUCAGCGUUUGUUCGAAAUCGAACCUGAUAAUUCAGGGAAUUAUGUGCUUUUGGCAAAUAUUUAUGCUUCAGUGCGUAGAUGGGAUGACGCUGCUCGAGUUAGAACCACGCUGAGUGAAAGAAGGAUGAGCAAAACAGUCGGAUAUAGCUGGAUUAAAGAAGAAAAUGGAGCACGAACAUUCUGAGUCAUUGAAUUUGAAUUCCUCGAUGUAUCUUUGUAUAGCGUAAAGAUACCUGAACUGAUCCUAGCAGUGACAUACUGACAUUGCCAUUGCCAUGUAUAUUAAGAAAUCUUCUUGAGGUUUGCAAUUGCUAUGUAUAUUAAGAACUCUUCUGGGGGUAUAAAUGGAUACCAUUACAAGGUAAGCUGUA